AUGGUUACUGAAGAUGCAAUUUCCUUCACCACAACAACGAUUCCUGGCCCUAUCCCCAGGUCAAUGACAACCACUACCGUUGGUGCGACCCCAAAUGCCAUGACUGUGACAAUCACAACAACAGCUGUGAUCACGACUACUGUUACGACAACCGAGCCCGCAGUGACUUUGACGAUAAUAUCGGUCAUCGGGAGUGGGCUUGUCACUGAUAUCGUUUUACUGAGUCAACUUAGCACUCAAGUGCCUAUAACAACUACAAAGACUGAGACUGGCAGGGUCGCAUCUACGGUCAUCAAAACAUUGACUGCCAAUGACUUGACACGCAUGGCAAAUAGCACACUCACAGUGACUCAAAUCAUCACUGCCUCUCCAUCUCUCGUCACUUCCACGCAGGCCGUGACAAUCACUCAUGUCAGAGAACUGGGUCCGGGAACAUCAAAAAGUACCUUCACAACUACAACCACACUUGAUCAGACUACGACAAUAUCGGCCAAGCCAACCACCAUCAUAUCAAGCUUGACUUCCACUGAGAUGACCACAAAGAACGUUACGACAACUCUCACCUGCAUCCCACUAUCGAAAGCCAAACGUGGUCUUCUCGCGCCCGUCUAUUACGCUAUUGCCUCCAGGGCGACAAGUACUUCAACGGUGACUGACUACGUCACGACCUCAACGAGAACCAUCUCAGCCGCCCCCGGCUACACAGCAGAAAUGUUCACAAAGACAAACACUGUCAAGCCUGCUACGAUACACUUCACCGUCACCUCAUUCUCCACAAAGACGUUCACGGCCACUAUCACGGCCGGCACGACUCAACUCACGGUCACGAGUACUUCAACCAUCGUUCAUAAAGAGGCCACCCAGGAGCAGUCCACUCAAACAGUCAUGGUGUUCCCGACAGAAACAUCAACUACCACCGUAGCUGGAUCGACAGUGACCUCAACGAGUCUCACGACGUUUACGAUCAAAUCGACUGUGCAACCAGCCCCCUCAACAAUCGUGACUACGACAACAUACACAGUGGAAGUGACAUCGGCCCUACCCGUCAUAACCUCUCGGGCGAUCAUGACAGUAACACACGAGAAUCCCCUAGUCACAAUCACGUCUCAACCCACCUCCACUAUCACUCAAGUUGUUAAGACCACCUCCACUAUCACCAGCACAGAUACCCAAUUUGCACAAGGUGCUACAACUUGCUCUGCUUGA